AUGGCCGUCCUCGAUCCCCUGAUCGCCAGUGACGAGCCCUCUGUCAAUGGUGAGCGGAUCAUUGCCCACGAGCCGCUGGUCGUCCGGAGCAUCCACAGUCGCGUGGCCCUGCCGCUUGGAGCGCCCCCGAAACCAACGGCCCCGGCCCCGGCGCCCCACUUCCACGCGGCCCGGCGUCCGGGCGAUGACUACCAUGAUGUUGGCCAGCUGGUUUUGACCAACUUUCGCCUGUGUGUCUGA